GAGCCGGUGCUGGAGCUGGUGGUAAACUUAUUGGUGAUGGCGCUUGUACAGGGGGUGGGGAAACUGGUGCAGGUGGCGGUGAAGCUGGUGCAGGAGGUGGAGAAGCUGGUGCAGGUGGUGGUGAAGCUGGUGUGGGUGGGGGAGACGUCGGUGCUGGUGGUGGUGAUACAGGUGGUGGUGAGACGGUUGGAGCUGAAGCGGGCGGGCUUUGUGGUGGUUGUGGAGGCGGAGUUGCGGGGCUGAUUACUGGUGCAACUUUUGGAGCUGGUGGUGAAGUUGGAGUAACUGCUGGUGGAGGUGUAACCGGAGAUGCUGGUGGCUGCGCAGCUGAAACGGGUGGAGUAGUGGUAGUUGGAGGCGGAGCAGCAGUGGUUGGAGGAGCAGCAGUUGUUGGAGGCGGAGCAGUGGUUGUGGAGGUUACUGGUGAAGCAGCAGGUCCUUGUGCAUUUACACUAAAGGAAGAGAUGAGAGCAGAAGCCAAAAGAAGAGACCAAAUGAUUGAAUUUGAUUCCAUUGUGUUGUGGAGGAAGCUACAAGAAACAAUUGGUAAAGUAUUGUGCAUAUAA